AUGGCUUUAGAAAACCAACAGUUACAGGCCGCUAUUGAGAGAAACAAUAUUAUAAGCAUUAACUAUGAUACUUUUGAAAACACUGAAGUUAUGGCAAGAGGGGCUUUUGGUGAAGUUUCUCGCGCUUAUUGGAAAAGUGGUGAAAAAAUUGUCGCCUUAAAAAGUCUAUAUGGCAAUACUCAAAUGGGAGCCGAAGGGUCUUUUGAAGAAUUUUUUAGAGAGCUUCAAUUAAUUCGUUCAGUUGAUUUUCAUGAUAAUAUAAUAAGAUUUUAUGGUGUUAGUGAAGAUAUAGCCAGUGCUGUUGUUCAAGGAAAAAGAGAAGCCCCAAUUAAUGGAUCACCACCUGAAUAUGUAGCGAUCUAUCAGAUGGCUUGGAAUAAUCAACCAAAAAAACGACCCACGAUAAAUAAAAUUCGUGAUGAUCUUGACAAAUUAUCAAUACAGUCAACUGAGGAUGGAGACAAUCUUAAUACAAACAAUUUCGCUGCAUUAUCUUUAAAUUCACCGGGAAAAAAUCAUUUAGUAAAUUCACCCAUCAUAGAGAAUAAAGUGCUUCCCUCGAAUAAUUUCGCAGCAAAUUUUGGCGUGCAAAGUUCAUCUGUACAACGUCAACCAACAAUACCUUAUGGUGUGGCUGAAUCAAUGAACCCUAAUAAGAAGUUUAUAAUACGAGAUAGUUAUGCUCAAUCAAACAAUGGUAAUACUGGACAAUUAAUGAGCCCACCAAAUUCAAAUGAAAUUCUCACUAAGCAGAAUACUAUACCACUAGGCGUAGCGGAAUCGAUGAAUCCCAAUAAACAAAGUAAUGCAAGGUUUAGUUAUUCUCAGUCAACUAAUCAAAAUUCAUCAGUUGCACCAUCCAUUCCUUUUGGAGUUGCUAGUUCUAUGAAUCCGCUUAAAUCAAAUACAUUAGACACACUUUCGAAUUACCUGCCAGCAAAUAAUACAGCUCCGAUUCCAAAUUUAAUGUUAUACGGUACAAUUCAACAACCUCAGGUCCAUCAAAUGCCCCCUAAUCAACAACCAAAUCAGUAUACGCAUAUGCCGACAGCUAAUACGCUACAAAGAAAUAAUACUGUUAACCAAUUCACAAAUUUCCCGCCAAACCUUCAAAGGAGCAACACUAUAGGUCACACUCCACAGAAUGUUGGUGGUAUGCCCACUACUAUAAAUCAGCCUCAAUUUAAUAAAUUACCACUGCCUUCUACCAAUAAUAAUUCUCAAGGAUUCCAAGCACCUCCAACACAACCGCAAUUUCCUCAACAUCAACAACCUCAGCAUCCUCAAUAUCAACAGCCUCAACAUCAACAACGAUCUCAGCAGCUUCAAUACCAACAACCUCAACCACCCCAGCAGCCCCAACAAUCACCUCAACAGCCUCAAUACCAACAACCUCAACCACCCCAGCAGCCCCAACAAUUACCUCAACAGCCUCAAUACCAACAACCUCAACAACGACCUCAGCAGCCUCAAUAUCAACAUCCUCAACCACCUCGGCAACCUCAAUCAUAUUCACCUCAGCAGCCUCAAUACCAACAACAUCAACAACCACCUCAGCAGCCUCAAUACCAACAACAUCAACAACCACCUCAGCAACCUCAAUACCAACAACCUCAACCACCCCAGCAGUCUCAAUACCAACAACCUCAACCACCCCAGCAGGCUCAACAACAACGACCUCAGCAGCCUCAAUACCAACAGUCUCAAUUCCAACAAUCUCAACAGCCUCAACAACAAUAUCCUCAACAACAGCCCUCAAAUCAACCUCAACAACGUCUUCAGCAGCCUCAAUUCCAACAACCUCAACAACCUCAACAACAUCCUCAACAACAGCCCUCACAAAACUAUAAUAGUAUGCAGUACUUUCCACCACGUUCUAAUCAAUAUCUACAAAAUCAAUCAAUGCAAUAUUCAAAUCAAUUACAAAAUUUUCAAAUAGGUAAUUCUAUUGCCUUACCAAUCCGACCACCUACAUAUAAUAAUCAUCUACCGAAACAAUCUUCACGACCUUCUAAUCAGUUUUCUCAUCCUCCAUCAUAUAUUCAACGCCCACUUCAUCCAUCACAAAACCCACACAAAUGUACAUGUGAUGAUACGAUGACAAAGUAUGUCGAAGAAUUUCAAAACACUCGUGGCUAUAGCAAACCAACUCAAUGUCAUGCAGGUUACCACGCAGGGAUUGGAGACAUCGAAGGAUUAAGAUGGCAUUUAUUUUAUGAUAAAAAAGUGGAAGGAACUUAUGAUUUUAGUGAUAUGACGGAUAAGCUGGUGUUAAUUACUGCAAAAUUUUGUGGAAGGAAAAGUUUAAAUGCUAUGUUUCUAUGCCUUAAAGAAUAUGGAGCGAAUUUUAAUGUUACAACGAAGAAAACCGAAAAAACAGCAUUUCAUUUAUUAUUCGAUAAUUUUAAUCUGUGUAAUAAAAUAACUUAUGCUAAGGAAAAACUCAAAAGAUAUCACAAUGUAUUUAUUAAGGCAGUUAAUUUCCUGAAAGAAAUGGGAUGCAAUAUUAAUGCAAAGGAUAAAGAUGGAUAUACAAUAUUAGCACGUUAUCUAGGAGAAUUAUUUUUACAUGAAGAAAGAGUACCAAUUAUAGAAUCAUUAUUGAAUAAUGGAGCAGAUCCAAAUAUAUCAGUAAGUUUAAAUAAUUGGGGAGAAUUUGAUGCAAAAACAGCUUUAUUACUUGCAGUGAGAAACAAAUGGCCAACUUCUGUAUUAGAAUUAAUCGUCAAACAUAAAGUAGAUGUUAAUGCUAUGAAUAAAGAAAACAAAAAUGCAUUAUCCAUAGCUACUGAAAAUAAAGAUCAUAAAACAAUGGCUUGGAUGUUGGAACACGCUAAUUUUGACCAUGAGAGUAUUAAAAUUGCUAAAAAAUUUGCUGGAAAUUUUACUACUAAAGAAUCUCAAUUAUUAAAAUCUUGGAAAAAAAAGUAA